AAGCCGGUUCAGAUACUUCGUAGUGACAUCGACAAUGCGGAUAGCAGUGUUAGCUCUUGUGGUAGUUGCUGUGGCAGCGGCCCCCAGCAACCCGUCACGGAUCGCGGGGGGUGACCUCACCACUAUCGACAAGUACCCAUCAAUGGCCGCCGUCCUUAUGACUCGCGACAUGAUAAACUUCCAGCAAAAUUGCGGGGGUACCAUCAUCAACAACAGAUCUAUACUUAGCGCGGCCCACUGUGUAUAUGGCGAAACUGUUGAGAGUACUCGUGUCCGAAUUGGCUCUUCCUACAGAAGUAGUGGCGGUGAAGUCUUGCCUCUUGCGGCUAUCUUGAUGUAUCCAACUUAUACCAUACAUAAGUAUGAUGAUGACGUUGCUAUAUUACGAACUGCGGUCGAGAUUAAAUACAGCGCCACCGUGCAACCCGCCCCUAUAGCCGGGCCCUCCUACGAUUUAGCAGACGACGAGGUUGUGUGGGCCACCGGCUGGGGUGCAACUGAAACAAAUGAGUUUCAUUCUGAGCAACUUCGCGAUGUACAAGUGUGGACCGUCAAACACGAGACUUGCAGGUGGCUCUAUUUAUUGGGUGUGCGCAUCACCACCGACAUGCUGUGUAUCGGCUGGCUCGGCGUCGGUGGUCGUGACCAGUGUUGGGGCGACUCCGGUGGCCCCGUCUUCCACAACGGUGUUGUUGUUGGUGUAUGUGCAUUUGGAGGUGGAUGCCGCACACCCCAAUCACACCGAUACCCUAGUGUCAAUGCCCGCGUCAGUAGCUACUCAACCUGGAUCCAAGCCAAUGCCUAAGGUACAAAUUAGAUAAGGAAUAAACUAAGUUUCGCAAAUGAGCUUAAUGAAACUUUCGAAAUUUUCGGUAUUAUAAUUAAACGUCAAAAAAUCCA